UUGUGCAAAAAACAAGAGAGGCGGGAAGGCACCGUCGGGAGGGAGCCCUCCUUCAGCCGCCAACCCUCGGCAACUUUCUCUCUCGCCGCUCAAGGAAGCGAAGCCGACUUUAUUAAUUUAUUUAUUUGGUUGGUUGAUUGGUUCCCGGACCGUGGGAGGCGAUCCGACGGCGCUUUUGAUGCCCGCGGUGACCCAUUUCGUCGCCUGCGUCUCGCCCCGCGGCUCUCGCUCGUCUCCGGUUAGAGAUUCCGACUGGUUUUCUCCCAAGCAGCGGCCACGGCCGCGAGCACCGGGGAACCUCCCGCUCCUGCCUCCCCCGCCCUACUACAUUAAGAUCCCCGGCGCUUCCCAUUCCCGCUGGAAGCACGCAGGCCACGCGAGCGAGCAGGCGCGCGAGGCCCCCAGAUGAUCUGAGAGGAGCCGGGAGGCGCCGAACUGCGCCCAGCGGUCCUUACUCCUUCCCGGCUAAGGGUGGGAGCGCCUGAGACGCUACUGGGAGAAUGUCCCCUUCGGGUCGCCGGGACAGCAAGUUUCAAACCAAAACGCGGCUGCUGGAAUCGGUGCGCCUGCAACUUAAUGCUCUCCGAGAAGCCUGCGUUACCGGCAGCAGCAGCAGCAGCAGCAGCGGGCGCCACCGCCACCCCCCGGUGUCCAGCGUCCUCCUCGGGAGGCUCGCGGCCGUUUGCGCGUCUCUCCCGAGCUUCUCUUUCUGUCCCUCACGGGACUGCGCUGCCGGCGCUGGGAGGAAGCCGGAGCCCGGCAUGCGGCGUCCCCUCACACCAUGAGAAACAGCGGGCGCAGAAGUAGCCGCGGCGACAGCUCUACCAACAAGCCUGGGUUCAAAAAAGCGCCGGAGCCUCAUUUCCCCGACGCAUUGGCGUGCGCCAGAGAGCAUUUACCCGGCCUUUGGCAAGAGGGAAAGAGCCGCAGAAGCUCAGGGGACAGUGGCCGUAUCAAACUCGAGAGCGGCGGGGAGGACAGCCCGCGUACCCUGGUCGCCACCGCGGAUAGCAGCAGCGGCAGCAGCAGCGGUGUUUGGCGCCUCUUGGGCACAAGCGCCCACCUCUCCUCCCGGCACGGGUACCUCAGAAAACGCUGUUCAGAAAAUCUGAUGGAUGAGGAUGAGAAAGACAGGGCAAAGAGGGCUUCACGUAAUAAGUCUGAAAAGAAGAGACGUGACCAGUUCAAUGUUCUCAUUAAGGAGCUCAGCUCAAUGCUUCCUGGAAAUACACGUAAAAUGGACAAAACGACAGUUCUUGAAAAAGUCAUUGGCUUUCUCCAGAAACAUAAUGAAUUUUCAGCACAGACAGAACUUUGUGAUAUUCAUCAGGAAUGGAAGCCCUCUUUUCUCAGCAAUGAAGAAUUCACUCAACUGAUGUUGGAGGCACUGGAUGGGUUUGUUAUAGCAGUCACCACUGAUGGAAGCAUCGUGUAUGUUUCUGAUAGCAUCACACCUCUUCUCGGACACUUGCCAUCUGAAGUCAUGGAUCAAAAUUUGUUAAAAUUCCUCCCUGAACAAGAACAUUCAGAUAUUUAUAAAAUAUUAUCCUCUCAUAUGCUUCUAAUGGAUACUGUUUCAUCAGAUUAUCUAAAAUGUAAUGAGGAUUUAGAAUUUUACUGCCAUCUUCUGCGAGGAAGUCUGAAUCAAAAGGAUUUUCCAACAUAUGAAUACAUAAAAUUUGUAGGGAAUUUUCUAUCUUACAAUCAUGUGCCUCUAUCUGACUGUCACAUUUCUGAAGACGCUGUUUCUAGGGGUUACAGAACACCACAAGGAAAACAAACCUGCUUUGUUGCUACUGUUCGGCUGGCCACUCCUCAGUUUUUAAAGGAAAUGUGCAUAGUUGAAGAAUCUUUAGAGGAAUUCACUUCAAGACACAGUUUGGAAUGGAAAUUUUUAUUUCUGGAUCACAGAGCCCCACCAAUUAUAGGAUAUUUGCCUUUUGAAGUGCUGGGAACCUCUGGCUAUGAUUACUAUCAUAUAGAUGACCUCCAGCUCUUGGCACGAUGCCAUGAACACUUGAUGCAAUUUGGCAAAGGGAAAUCUUGCUGCUAUCGAUUUCUGACCAAAGGACAGCAGUGGAUAUGGCUACAAACACAUUACUAUAUCACCUACCACCAAUGGAACUCAAAACCGGAAUUCAUUGUGUGUACUCAUACAGUAUUGAGUUAUGCAGAUGUUCGAGUGGAAAGACAGCAAAAUCUGAUUUUAGAAGAUGCACCUACAGAUAUCAUCUCUUCAGUAUUAAAGGACAAUGUUCCAGAUCUGAAUCCUCAACAGCAUUUUAAAUCACUUCAAUUAGACACAGCGGUACUCAACAGCCAGAUAUUUUCUAUGUCUUCUCAUGGUUUACCCAAAUCUUUGCCUUCAUCCUUGCCUGAAAUGGCAUCCACAAUAACAAAACCUAUCCUGGAGUCUUCCACAUUGCAAAUAUCACAGCAGAACUUACCAAAACAGAGGUCUAACCUACCUGCUACAGCUCAACUCUCUGCCCAGUUUACUAUGUUCCAAACUAUCAAAAACCAACUUGAGCAGCGGACUCGUGUACUGCAAGCCAACAUUCAGUGGCAGCAAGAAGAGCUGCAGAAAAUCCAAGAACAGCUCUGCAUGGUACAAGAUUCUAGUAUACAGGAUAAGAAAUCUGUUAGAACUUCGGAAGAUAUUCAAGAUAGUUGUCAUUCUUCUGGCAAUUUAACAUCGCCCUUGAGCAAUACUUCUGUGCUGUCACCAUCUUUGGCUAUAGCACCAUCUCCUGCUAUUUCACAGGAUAGCAGCCUCCAGCACAGCCUUACAGAUCUGGGCCAUGAUCGACAACUAAGACUGCUACUUAGUCAACCUGUUCAGCCAAUGGUGCCUGGAUCCUGUCAUACAAGGAUAGCAGAUGUUGAUGCAGCUGGACACAGUGAAAAGUAUUUUCAAAAAAUACAAUCUUGCCAAGGUUUGGAAACACAAACUUCCAGCAACGGUACACCAGUGGUACUUAUGAGACAACCAGGAUUGCACUCAGGAUUCUCUGGAGUAUCACCAUCUCAACCCUCAUCUUUGCAAUCUAUGCAUCAACAUCUUCCACAGCAAUGCUACCUUCAGGUACCACUGGCAGACUCUUUGCACAGGGAGCAAGCAGAUUCUCUGCCUACUACUCCCUACUCUCUACAGGAAGGAGGUAUCGAGUACCACCACGUGCCAAUGAAGCGCCAACCUGCUGCCAGAAGUACCAUGAGUUUAUCUGAAAAUUUAAAUGUGCAACAUCGGCAGUAGAUUCUGCCUUCUCUGUCAAUGCACGCUUAACUUUAUUAGUGAGAGGGGAAUGUUUGUGUUAUAAAGAAUACUAGGAUUUUGGUGAAAUAGUGCCAUAAAAUGGAAAGGGAACAUUUUGCAGGUAUUUGCACUAUUUUGUGGUUAUGCUAUGAAAUAAUAAGACUGCAGUGUUUUGGAUUCCAUUUACAAAGAGUGUUUCACAAUUAUUUGGGAGCAUGAAUGUAGCACCUGUUUGCAACAUCUGAAUGGAACUGUGUCUUUUCUUAGGAAAGAUGUACCUAAUGUAAAGUUUUUCAUAUGUGUUGCUGUACAUACUCUGAACACCUUGGUAGAUGGUGUCUAAAAUGCUGCACAGCAAUAAUGACCACUAAUACUAAUAUGUACCAUUAUUUUGACACUGGGGCGCUAACUGGUACAUUUUUCCUAGAUGACUCAGUUAAAUAGUUUGAUCAGAAAGUGUUCUGACUUUUCUACAAAAAUCAAGAACACUUGGCUUUCAUUAUUUUGAUCAUUUAAAAUGAAAACCAUUAGUUAGAAAAAUAUAUUCAGAUUUUAUUUUUUAUUAUGACUAAUCGUUAAUUGUUUUGCACAACUGCACAACGAACAUAACUUGGCACUUUGAAUUAGGGAAAUUCCUGUUUCAGCGGCCAAAUAAGCAGUGAGAUAGAUCAUGCUGUCAUUUCUUUAGAACAAUCAACACAUCUUUAGUCUGUACCCUUUGGACUCAUAAAUUGCAAGUAUUAAACUUGUUAUCGUCACCCCACCCAAUGUUUCUACUGUCAAGAAAUUACAAUGGACAGCUUCCUAUUCAUUUAGUAUAGUGUAAACAGUGAACCUAAGCACAAUCAUGCAGCUAUUUAUUCCAACAUAAAAUCACGCUGUCCAAACUCUUUAUAUUUUUCUCUCAUAAUGGAAGAGUUUCUUCGCUAGUCACAGAACAAGCAUUGGAAGAAUAUGCACUGUGUCACAGCCCGUUCAGUGGAAAAAUGCUGCAACUCUAUUACAUAUCUAUUUCAUGAUUAUAUUUAAGGUGGAAUUUUCCUUAAAGCGUUGCACUUUGUAUGCUUUACUUUAAUGUUUCUAAGAGAUAUUUUAUGUUAUUAUAGAGUAAGUAGUGUAAAAAACGUUGUUGUUAAAAAACCAAAACCCCAACCAAUUUCUAUAUAAAAUAAAAGUAUAUGAGAAUAUGUGAAGAUUAUUUUGUGUAUGGAAGAUGAACUGCUCUUAGUUUUUUUGUAAUGAUUUUUAUUAGAGUUUGCAAAUAUAAAGACUAAUACAAAUGGAGAAAAAUAUAAAAAUUAAAGAAGAAAGAAAGAUAAAUAAAAAGGGAUAGAAAGAAGAAAAUAAAAAGGAACAGAAAACAAAGAUAUAUAAAAGACGACUCCCCCUUUCUCCAGGUAGUAUAAAUAACUUUAGUAACUUAACAUCAGUAAAAAAGUUUUCUUUCUGUAUCUCAUCCCUUAGCAAUAAAUUAUAAAAGUCCAUUAUUCAGUUCUAAUCAGCAAAAGUCUAUUAAAAGCUAUCAGAAAUAGUAAUAUUUCUUUUACUUUUAAUAAAUCUACUUUAUAGCCCAACUUAUGACUUUAUCUAAGAUGAACUCUUUUUAGAAUCCUUGUUUUUAAACUUUUUUUGUGGUGAGAAUUUAGAUAUAGCAAGACAGCUUCAGAGUUGUAGGUUUAAUACACAUGUCUACAGUAUGUUCUUGAUAAGACAUAUGCUCUGAUCAGAAACAUAAGGCUGCCAAACCAGCCUGUGAUUUGUUGUAACUUGGUCAUUGCCUAUGGCUUCCAUCCUUUCUGUCUCCCUUUUCUCAAUCCUGUCCUUUGAGACAAGUAGCAGCAUUCUAAGUAUUGUAUUCAGCAAAGUUAAAAAGUUAACUAUUCAGUGUGUAGUACAACAUAUACAGAAUGUAGUAAAUGCAGAUGCUCAUUUAUCAAGUAGUAACUUAUUAAGGCAUAUAGGAAAUAUUCCUCUGUAGCUUUUCCCUCCAUACAAUCAGGAUAAUUAUCCUACACUUCUACUGUUUACAGAUAAUCCAGUUAUACAUAUUCAAUGCUAUUUAAAUGUCUGAUAUGUAGAGGCCAAUAGAAUAAUACAGGUUGUCCUUAGUUAACAACACUUGUUCAGCGACCAUUCAAAGUUGCAGUGGCACUGAAUGAGUGAUAGUCUGAAUAGUCUUCAAAAUUCCAGCCUCCCUAUGGUCAGGUAACUGUGAUCUGAGCACUUGGCUUGCACUUAUGAUAGUUGCAGCAUUCCCAGUCACAUGAUGUAACUUUCCUUGUUGGCUUCUCAUAAGAAAAGUCAUUGGGGAAGCCAGCAGAAAAAGUUGGAAGUUGGUCCUGCAAGUUUUUCUCCAGGGAUCUCAUACUUUGUGCUACAAUAUCCCCUCUCCAAACCCAUGCACUCCAGACCCAUGCACUUUUGCAGCACUGCACCACCUCCUCUCCAGCCUGCAUGCACUUGUGCAGUGCCAGAGCACUCCGACUCACUUUGGAGUACUCGUUCAUCCUCUGACUACUCAGGACUUGCAACUUCCAGCCAGCUUCCCCAUUGACUUCGCUUAUAGCCUGCAGGAAUUUGCAAAUCAUAAUCACAUGAGGUUCUUGCAUAAUGAUUCAUGAUUUUUGGUUAACAAUGGCAACAGGGACUGCCAAGAUUGCUCUCACUAAGCAAUGUGAUCAUGUAAUAUCAUGCUUUAUGACUGCAGUACUUAGCAACAGAAAUUCUGAUCCCAAUUACCAUUGUUAAGUGAAGACUACUUGUAGGUUUAAUCAAAUUGUAUUAAUUUUUCUGUUUAAUGCUUAUUAAGAUCAUGAUCAAAACUUUCUCUGUUCCCACUAUGUUGCUAUGGAGGCAAUAUAGCUUGUUGCUACAAAUGGUACACCUUGCCCUUUAAGAAGUUUAGUUACUGGAGAGUUCCUGUACAUACCAUGGUGAGCUGACACCUUGCUGACUUUUGUUGGCUAGCAAGAUAGCUUUUCCAAGGUGCUGUUGGAUUCUGGAUCCUAACUGGCAUAAUUUCUCCAGAACAAAGGAAAUAUAAUUGAGAUUAUCCAUGUGGUUCUGGACAGUCGCUUCUCAUGAGCAGACUGUGGAAACUGCUGUUUUUAAAUGCAUAUACGUAGUAUGGCUUACAAUUGGGACUAUAUUAAGUUCAUACUCACAAAAUAGCCUUUAUGGAUGCUAAGUUAUGCCAAGCCUUAUAUCUUAAAUCAUGUUUUUUAUUUUUGAGGUUUUUUUUUUUCAUAUUAAGACUCUUUAGACUGGCAACGUUUUACUGUAUUCAUUUUGUGAGUUGCGACCUCCUUAAAAAACCAUAGUGUAAAUUUGAUUUAAAAAGUUUUAGAAAUAUAUUAUAUUUGGAGCAAAAAAGAACUUGGUAGAUGGAUUUUGAAAGUUGGUAACAGAUUAAGGGGAUAGAAGGCUUUGGAAUUAUAAUUCUGAAUUAUUUAGAAGUUAUUUUCUCAAUGGAAAAUAAAGACUGCUUUAUUUUAUUUUUUUAAUGAUAAGGAGAUCUUGAAGGCUGGAUACGAGAACCAGAGGAUAAAGAACAUAAAUCAUUAGGGCAUUUUUUAAUAGAAUGGGUGAAAUGAUAAAAAAAUUGACAGAGCUUAUUUUAAUGAAGUUGUAAAGCAACUGUGAGCUACAAUGGAUGUCUGUGAAAUUAAUUUGGAGAGGAUUUAAAUGUAAUACAAAUGGAUCAGAUAGGUGACUCAUUCGUUAAAGGAGAUGAACAAGUAUUAAACCAGGAAUCUGAUAUGGAUAUUUUUUUAGUCUGAAUAGACAAAAGAGCUCUGCUAAGAUUUGGAAGGAUUUUUUUUAAGUGAUGAAGAAUAAUUUUACUUAUUGAUAUAAAAGAAAUCUGUCAGUUUUGAAGGAUUUUUGCAUUGAAACACAGAUGAGUAGCACACUACCUCUGAGAUUUUUUUUAAAAAGAGUUAAAGAAUAAUUUUAAAAAUGAGAAAAGAUGCAUACGUAGACUUAUGCAAUCAUGGUUAAAAGAAGAAAAUAGUUAUACUAUAUUUGGUUGCCCUUAUUGGACUUUUGCUGACAAAGAUCGAUUUAUGUACCAUUUGGAUCUUAUUUUCCUUAUCUAAGAGAUGAGACAUGGGGAGAAGAGAGAUUAUGUUUUAUUUAGAGAUAGCGGUAAAUUAUUAAAAUAAUUUUUCCCUGCUGGGAUGAAGGGGGAAGUUAUUUCUUUUAUCUUCCUCUUUCCCUUUCUCCUUUUUUUAAAAAUUACACGGCCCCCUUCCUUUUUAUAUUUUUCUGUUUGUAUUUUUUGUAGUUUGUAUUGACUUUUAUUCUCUUCAUGUAUAAUUCUUAAUAAAAUUAUUUGAAAAAAAGAAUCUUAAAUCCAAUAAUCUGUAAUCAAUAAAAUUAUUUUGAA